GUCAUCCCUGGGCCUUUGAAAACACUGUUUAUCCAACUCAGUUGGAUGAAUGGCACUCAGACCUCCUCUGCACUGGAACAGACUGGCGUCCAGAGACUUCUGAAGGCCCGCCCUAGACAGGGAUCCCUUCGCCCGACCGCCGACCCCCUUCCUCCCCCCGCGAAUUGCUGCUUGGCCCACUGUGGUCCCCCUGGACUGGAAGCUUUGCGGGGCGAGGGCCAGCAAGAGAGCUCGGGAAAUGGGAAGUUCUCUACGAAUUUGUGUGGAAUGCCUGAAAGGAUUAGGGUGGCUGAGAAGUGCUUGGAUUUGCCGCUGCACACUGGGGAUUUUAGCAGGAAAGAGGAGAGGUAGGGAGAUGUCAUUGCGCGGAUCCCGAGGAGAGAGAAGGGGUGGGGAAGAAGGGCGGGUGGGAAUGCGGCUGCAGGGCGGCGGGGCGACGGGGAAGAGGCGUGGGAAGAGCGGACAGAAGACCUACGCGGAGGGCCAGCGGCUGGGGCUAGCGGGGAUCGGGAGGCACCGGCGGGGAGAGCGGCGCAGUCACGCCGGCGCCACCGAGCAGCUGCGCCACCGUGCAACUGCGCCACCGGACCCACCGAGCAGCUGCGCCACCGAGCGCCGGUCUCCGUCUGCGUCAGCAGGGAGAGGGCCGGGCCGGCUCGGUUUCGCUCCCGGCCUGGCGUCCAGUCUCCCGGCCGGAGCGCGGGGGUGCUCACGGUCCGCCGUCCCCGCCCGGCCCCAGAACGCCCCACUUGCCGCCUUCAGCACUGCGCCGCUCCUCCCGCCGCCGCCCUCCUGGCCGGAUCCCAAGCCGACCUCUACAGCCGCGCCGCAGGUCCCCGCUCCGGUGACUGGUCCCCGCAGGCCUCUGCCCUCCCCCAGGGCCCGAGACCACCUCUCGGCUUCCGCCUCUGCGGGGGCGGCGCGGGGGCGGCGCGGGGACGGGGGGCGGCGCUGGGCAAACCCCCAGGCGCUCCCCGGCCCAGCCGCGCGAGGGGACCCUGCAACCGAAAGGGCUGGAGGCGCCCGCGGUCCGCCAGAGGCCUCCGAAACCGAUUCAGAAAGCAAAGGCGUUCAAACUGCAGGGAAGGAAGGAAGAACAGAGAGGUGACCUCCAUUUGCAUCUGCUCCUCCCCUGUGAGGGCUUCUCUUCAGUGACAACUCAUGGAACACCAGCUCUAGUCCCAGUCUCUCCUCAUUUUCUCCAAGUAGCCAUGACAGGUCUCAUCCAUGGCCCCACAAAGGAAGCACAUUCUGGUCCCAGGAGAGAAGGCGGGAAAUCAGGCAGGCCCCCUCAGCAUCCCGGGCAGGGGGGAGCUGGAAGCGGCUCCUACCUGUGGCAAGAGGCCAUUCUUAAACUUCCAAGAACUUUGCAAGUCAGUUGUCAAAGUCUUGGUAAUAGAAGUCAGCCAUGGUGAGAGUGUUUACUCCACAGGAACCAGCAAACACUAUUAUUCAGGGCUUCCUCCUUCCCUCACCCCAACACACGCACACCACCUCUGGGUGUGCCUAGCCAGUCUGCUAGCACAUUGAUCCUGUAUCUCCUGCCUACAAGUUUACUUCGCCCUCCUGGAUUCCCUUCCUUCCUGGCAGAGAAAAAGAUGUAAGUUCCUCACCUGUACUUAAGAUUCUUGCUACUCAAAGUGUGGUCCACCGACUAAUAGCAUCUGUACUAUGUGCAGUCUUGUUAGAAAUAAGAACAGGAAGGCGACACCCAGACCUACUGAACAGAGACCGUGUCUAAGCAAGAUUACUAAGGCAGCCAUAUCAACGGAGCCUAGAUCCAGUGGCUUAAACAACAGAAAUCUAUUUACUCGCGAUUCUGGAAGCUGGAAAUCCAAGAUCAAGGUGUCAACAGAUGUGGUUUCUUCUGAGGCCUCUCUCCUUGGCUUGUGGAUGCCUAUCUCCUUUCUGCGUCUUCACAUGGCUCUUCCUCUGUAUCUAUCUGUGUCCAAGUGUCCUCCUCUUAAAAGGACCUCAGUCAUGUCAGGUGAAGGCCCACCCUAAUGAUCUCCUUUUUACUUUUAUCACUUCUUUAAAGACCCUGUCUCUAAGUACAGUCACAUUCUGAGCACAGGGGUAAGGACUUCAAUAUAUGAAUUUUGGGGGAAAAAAUUCAGCCUAUAACAAUUUGUAUCCAUGUUAAUGUUUGAGAAACACUGUCUGGAUCAAUCCCUACCCUGUCUUUCAAGACUCUUGUUCAAUAAUUACCGGGCCUUCAACAAACCCUUCCCUUCAGAAUAAAAAAUAAU